AUGAGCAUGCUAAGCGGCAUCAUUUUUAUCCCUUCUUCAAUAGAUCGAUUCACUCAAAAGAACAAGGUUCCGAACUUCAAAUAUCGAUUACUUGGCGUGAAAGCAGUUGUAGCCAAAGAUGCUAAUAGGGAUCUAGCAACCAAGAAUGCAUUCGCUUUCU